GAUUGGCUACAGACCAGAGAACUACAGAUCCCAGUAGACAUGCGCAAAAAGCCCCUCUUAAAGCCUUUUAAAUUUACGUGCAAAAUGGCUGCACAGGUCGAUUUGCUGCACGUCAAAGUAGAUGAGAAGAGCAGGGACAGCUUUGACAAAGCCACCAAAGAGAAGAAAAAGAAGAAAAAACGCGAAUGUUCGCCGUCCGAUGACAAGCGCGAGAGAUCGGAGAAGGAAGCGAAGAAAAUAAAGCUACAUCACCACCAACAUGUCCAACAACGAGUGCAUCCACCACAACAGAACAGUCAAGCUCGCAACUUCAACAGCAAAGAACAGGCACCUGUGCAACAUCGCCAUCAUCACCAUCACAACCUACACAGCUCCAAGAAGGAGUUACCUCCAGGAUGGCCGCCGCGGAAAGUGCCACCAGCAGCACACGUUCCGCAGAAGACAUCGGUGCCUGCGGUCCUGCCUCCUACACCGCUGUUCACAUUCACGCCGCUCAAAAUAGCGAAGGCCAAGCCCCUCAAUAACAAACCAAAACACAUCGAGAAGGACGUGAAACUCAAGCCUAAGAAGGAAAAUACCGAGGCCAACGUUAAAGUGGGGGAAUGCAAGAAGAAGAAAGAGUCCCAUAGUGAGAAUGGCAAAACCCAGACGCUGGAGGAAUACCUCCUUAAGAAAAAGAAAAAGAAGCGGCGACAUCGUGAAGACGAGCGUGGCAAGAAGUUGCGCAUGCACAAUAAAGAGGUCCAGACGGUGUGUGCAGGAUUGACAGGAGACAAUCCUCUGCCUUCUGAAGACCCCACUGUGCUUACAUACCUCAAAGUUGAAAAGCUCUGUCAAACAAGCCCUAAGUUAGCUGAGUACAACACUUCCAAAGGUGUGGAAACACCCUUUCUCACGCACCAAGACCACUUCAUUCGCAGCUCGUGGCUUCAGACCAACACCUCCUUCUGUAGACUCAUCCAUGAAGAAAAGCAGCCCAAUGGAGGGGCAUCGGUACUACAUGCUUAUGCAGAUGAACUGUCCUUACUGCGGCCAGGAGACAUUGAGAGAUUUGCCCAGGAGUUUCUGGAACUCGCCUUUGCUGAGAAGCCUAAAGGAGCGGCACGCUACGCACUUGCUGUGGUGCAUGGAGCAGCUGCUUACCUGCCUGAUUUCUUGGACUAUUUUGCCUUUAAUUUCCCCAAUACGCCGGUCAAAAUGGAGAUCCUUGGCAAGAAGGAUAUCGAGACCACCACAAUCGCCAACUUCCACUCCCAGGUGAGCCGGACAUAUUGCUCUGGGACAUAUAGAGCUGGCCCAAUGAGGCAAAUCAGUCUGGUGGGUGCAGUAGAUGAGGAGGUGGGCGAUUAUUUUCCAGAGUUCUUGGACAUGCUUGAGGAGUCUCCGUUUUUGAAGAUGACUUUGCCGUGGGGCAGUCUGUCCAGCUUAAAGCUAGACUGCAGAUCCCAGAGUGAUGAUGGUCCCAUUAUGUGGGUGAGGCCUGGAGAGCAGAUGGUUCCCACGGCUGAUAUGCCCAAGUCUCCGUUCAAGAGGCGAAGAUCUAUGAAUGAAAUCAAGAACUUGCAUUACCUACCGAGAGCCAGUGAACCACGUGAGGUUCUGUUUGAGGACCGGACGAGAGCUCAUGCUGAUCACGUUGGCCAGAGCUUCGACUGGCAGAGCACCGCAGCUGUGGGCGUCCUGAAAGCAGUGCAGUUUGGGGAAUGGAGUGACCGGCCACGGAUAACCAAAGAUGUGGUCUGUUUUCACGCUGAGGACUUUAAUGAAGUGGUUCAGAGGCUUCAGCUGGACCUGUAUGAGCCACCUGUGUCACAGUGUGUCCAGUGGGUGGACGAUGCCAAACUCAACCAGUUAAGGAGGGAAGGCAUCCGAUACGUUCGCAUGCAGCUCUGUGAUGAUGACAUCUACUUCAUCCCCCGCAACGUCAUCCACCAGUUCAAAACCGUCUCGGCCGUGUGCAGCCUCGCCUGGCACAUCCGCCUAAAGCAGUACCACACCGACGAGGAGUCAGAGGAGGUUAAGACUAAAGACCUGUGCUCCACAUCCUGUCCACCCCAAUAUUCCUUGUCCCCUGUUCACCCCGACACCAAAAUCACCCCCUGUGCUCAGCUACAAAUGGACACCGUACAAAAUGGAGUUGCAAAAAUGGAGGAACCGGUUUUCCAGAGGCCCACAAUGCCAACUAGAGAGCCACAACCUGCAACUCCGCAGCCAGCUAAAUCCUCCCACACUCCCUCCACUGCUCUCUGUCCUGAGAUCAGCCCUCUCUCAGCACCCUACCCUUUGUCCUCACCCACACCAGAGCCAGUGCUUCCACAGGCUCCAGUCGAGCCUCCAACAGACUCCCGACUGAGCAGCAGUAGCAGUGGUUCCCAGUGCAGGUCCACGGAUUUCCUUAAAUGACUUCCGAAUCCUUACUUUUGCAGAGGGGUGGAACGUUAUUUAACUGGCAUUCAACAGUGUAUACAAAUUUAAUAUCUGGACUUUACCUAAAAUUUAGACUGUAUAUUUUUUAGAUUUUGGUUAAGAAAUGACCCUGCAAGUACUUUUUAGGUUUUUCUCAGCCAAAGUAUUUAAUUUGAAAUAUAUUUUUGCUGAUUACUCAGUAUUGUUUUAUAUUUGUUUAUAUAUUUGAGAUGAAUUCUCUCUCAAGAGGGACUUUUUUCAUGUCGUAUCCAAGUCUGUCAUGUGUUUCAUGUAGAUCUCCUAAUUGGUUUUUACUGGGAAAAAUAAGAAAAAGUGCCUGUCACAAGUGGAGAGCAGCAAUCAUAUUUUAAAGGAAUAGUUCACCCAAAAAGGAAAAAUCUGUCAUUAUUCAUUCAACCUCAUGUUGAUGAAGGUGAGUAAAUGAUAAGUGAUUUUUGGGUGAGCUAUUCCCUUAAAAGAGAAAUAUUCUUAAUUUUUCCCAUGGUGUAGUCUCAUGCUGAAGUAUUUAAGCUAGACUAGAGAUGAGAUAUUGGUUUAAAGUGAGAGAUAUUUGUUUUUUCAUUGAUUGCUCUCUGGUUAUUGAUUAUACUGCUUAGCUUGAAGGACAAUUCUUUUUUUUUUUUUUUUUUUCUUCUUUUUUUUUUGUUGACUUUUUUCCUCUGAGUAAUUAAAGCAGCAAUUAUCAAAGAGGAACUUGUGCAUUCUAUUACCUCUCAUGUAUCCAGGAAAUAGGAUUUUUGUUGUUGUUGUUGUUUUGUUAAGUUUAAUUAUUUAUUUCUGUCCAGAAUAGUCAUGGCAGUCUUUUAAUAUCACGAUCUUUAAUUCAUUUGUCAUGUUUGUUUUCUGUCUGUAUUGUAUUUAGAAGCCAUUUUGCUUUUUCAGAUUUGUUAUAUUUUAUAUUUUUAUUGUGGAGCAGACAUAUUCCAUCUUAAUCUGGGUAUGUGAUCUGAAAUUAGCAGAAAAUUAGAUGGAAAUACAAUAACCAAACCUGUACUCGGGGGCAAAAUACUAAUGCCUUUUUAUUUGGUGAAGUCUCCUUUACUACAUUUACUGUAAAGUUUUAUAGUGAUCUAACACAUACAUUUGGAUUAUUGGGAUUUGAUUCACUUUUGAACAUAUGCUGUCCUCAACAAAUAAUUCUGAUUUGUACUAAUCUGAGCUUUAUGUAAGGAAACGGUCCCUAAAUUCAGUUGCAUCAUUUAAACAAGCUUCCGUUUAGAUGUUACACAUUAUCCUGCUUAUCAGAGUAGUUUUAGAGAACAAAAUGUACCAUUUUGAGAACUUUUAACCCACACAUUUUCUGAUAAUAUGUUGAUUUGCUUUAUUGGCCUCUGGACAACGGGCAUUGUAAGCAUUUGUUAAAUAUCUUUGAGAAACAGUGCAAAUAUGAAUUAACUCAUUACGAUUUACAAUUACAAGGUAUGAAUAAAUUCCUGUCUGUAAUAAGCGGGCUUAUUUUUUCCACUUGUACAAUAAUUAGCAUGUUGCCAUUGCCGUAAUCUGUUGCGUUGCUUCCCAGAUCAAACCGUUUUUCUCCUUCAGAAAGCAUUUAAUAUUAUUUAUGAGUAUAAUAUCAGAAAGUAUGUCCAGUGUGUUUGAACUGACAUUGUCCAUAGUAAUCUAUGAUAAGCAUUCUAGGUUGACUAUGCUAUCCAAGAUAGUUGGAUGAGUGCAAUUUAGAAUUCACUUUUUAAGUGUGGUUACGUGUCAGUGUUUUUGCACAUGUUGAUGUGGUUGUAUCAUUCUUUUGAAUGGGAUUAAGUCUUAAAGCAGGCAUUCAUUUUUGUAAAAGGGUUAUGGGCAGCAAUUGUGCAUCUGCAUUGACGGCGAAGAUCGCAAAUGACUGAUUUGAAUGUAAUUUCACACCAGCAAGCCAAUCAGUCUACAUGGAUUAUAGAUAUAACAAAAUUAUGUAAUCGCUUUUUCUAAUCAAAUGCAUCCCAUAAAAAUGAGUGCCUUUUUAUAACAUCUUCAAUUACACUAAUUGAUGUUUCCAGUUUUAGAAAACAUUGAUUGCAAUUGAAUUUUUUAAAGUAACAAUUGGGUAUUUAUUAUUGUGUCUCAGAAAAUCUAUAUUUGAGACCUCAAACUUCAUGCCCAGAAGCAAUUGAGGGGGACAGUUUUGUUGGCCACCAAAUGAUGAGAAUGCUUAAUAAAAAAAUAAAAAAAUUAAAUUGGCAGUAUCUGACCUGUAUAGACUUAUUAAUCAUGUGCAAUAUUGAUCAUAUCUGCUUUUCAUGUUUCACACUGUUUUUGAAUUGGAAUUACAGUUGUACAGGCAGGAGUCAAUUAACAGUUAUCAAAGCUGUUUUUACCCCCACCAUUUAGUGGCAUUUCCGCGGUUCCUAAUUCAGCAUAUUAACGGUUUUACAAUGAAUGAAUGGAUUAACGGUAGAAGAUAAAGCCUAAAUUUAUGCCUAUUAAAGUCAGUAAUACCAAUUUAUUAAUAAUUUUAUGCUUAUAUACAUACGGUUUGGGACAUGUUCUCCGCUCAGUCAAACACAAUUAUGCUUUUAUACCUUACCAAGGUGAUUUCAUGGUAUAUUAAAAUGAACAUGAUGUUAAGCGUUCUGUGUUUCUUCUGGAUUUUGGCAGCUAGUUUCUUUUUUGUGUUGAUCAGGUUUUUUGAUUGUUGUUUGUAAUAUAGGAAAACUCCACUUAGGGAUCAAGGCAUGCUCUGUGUGAGUUUGAUUCACUAUUUGCUCUGUUUGAUAUUUGUAUUAAAGUUUUCAAUUUCAUUGAUUUUUAAGGACAGAUAGAUGGUCAUUUAUGAACAUAGUCAAAGUAAUGUUUUGUAAAUGCUAAGUUACAUUUAAUAGAACUGUCAUGUGGAUCUUUUCGAUUGUGUAAAAAUGCAAUGGAAUGCAUAGACUUUUUCUGUAUUUUUUUAAAUAAACCAUUUUAUGAGUGUACCAAAGUGAAGCAUUUCUUAAAGGGACUAUAUCACUGCAGCAAAGGUAGAAAAUAUUCAAAUGAGCAAACAUUGUCAGGGGCCAUAAGCUUGACAAAAGUUAUCCACAAUCAAUUGUCAUUUAGUUCUCUUUCGGAAAGACCGAUUUACUGAGGCCAACAGGAUAUAAAAUACAAAAGCUUGAUUGGCCCUGGUUCCCUUCAGGUGUAUUUGUGAUAAAAUACAGUGACAUUUAUUUGUGUUUACAGUACAAUGAGAUUUAGAGGAGUAUCCAAAAUUACUUGUAUUUCUCAAUACAUUCAUCCCUUAAAUUAUUUUGUUUAGAUUCAUUUAUAAACAUUUUAAUAAUUAAUUGAUUGCAUAAAGACAGUUUACUCCAUUAAUGUACUCCAUUAAAAUGGCCAUAAAAUUCAUAAAGUCAUCUUCAAAAGCACAAUUUUGUAUGUGUAUUAUGUGAGGUCAGUUGUUGGGCUACUGUCCCUCAGACUCCACAGCAACUCCACAGCACUCCUCUUCCUGAAAGACUGAAAGAAAUCUUUGGCAAGCAGCCAUAUUUCAUGACUUUCUGUCCCUAUUGUAUUGUACUGAAAGACUGUUCUCCCUUUCAGUUCACCUUCCACAUGAACUAGACCCAUGUUUCUGGCUUAUUCCGUGGCCCCUUCGGCUUUCCAAAACGUUGUCCAAAAG